UCGAAAAAGAGCCUCACAGGCAGCAGGCAGCAGGACAGCAGCUGAGGUGUGUGCGGUCAACAACUAAAUAAGUACAAGACAAGGCCGUAUCCCCCGGCCAAGCGCGCUUGGUCAGUUUCUACUCCAAGGUCUUCUCUCUGAACGUGUAGCUCAUCAAUCCGUUGCGGUUGUUUUUAGAGAUUUCGCGACUUGGAGGACGGCAGAAACCCACAACUCGGGAGAAGCAUCAUCAGCAGUGAGUCGGCCAUGCUUAUCCCGGAGCAGGGAACCCCGGAGAAGGUUCUUCUGGCCGGCGUGGAGGCCCUCACGUUCACGCGUGGGCGCCUGACAACGAGCCGGCGGACCGGACCAAUCGCUCAGCUGAUCUGCGAUGGCGGCGGCGGGAGCGCGGGGUGCCCGAAGGACCCCCGAUGGCAGUUCCAGACCGCCAUGUGCAAAAAUCAAGGGACGGGAGACGACGGGCAGCCGCAGUGGGAGUGCAGCGCCGACCUACCGGCCGAUGGAGCCCUCGGCGCUGUGACGGUGUCAUGCGAGGGCUACGACAGCCCCAGCGACCCCUACGUGCUAGUGGGGUCCUGCUCCCUCGCCUACUCGCUCGACGCCGUUGGUCCGUGGUUCGGCGGAGGCGAAUCGUCGGGCCUGAACCUCGGCAACGUGAUCUUCUUCGUUAUCUUUGGGUCUUUUGCGAUACGGAUCCUGCGGGCGUGGGGCAAGCCGACUCGACCACCCCCGCCGGCCUACGCCGACCCCGCCUCGCCGGACGGCGGCCCCCUGAACACGACCCCAGAUCCGGCCUUUCUCGUGACGGGAGAACCGGUUCUCGCGACAGCCGUCCCGGUGGACGAACUCAACGACGACGUCGAAAACAACAACGCCUCGUGUUCCCCCUCCGCGCCCCCGAAAGACCAACGGAAGAGAAAGACCGGAGGCGAUGCAGGUUGCGCCGCCGCCGCCGCCGCCGCUGGCGGUGCGGGUUUCCACGAAGGCGUUUCCGUUGGGCCGCCGGAGGCAGCAGCGGCCGGCGGCGGGGGCGCCGUGGGCAUCCCGAUGGCCGAGGCGGUACAGAUGGAAGCAGGGGUGGCGGGGGCAGAGAGCGGCCGCGGGGCGACGGCACGAUUCUCGCCGCGGCGGAUCGAUGACAUGGCGUUGCCGCAGGGUUGGGAGGUAAGAGUCGACCAAGCGAGCGGAGACCGCUACUUCGUCAACCACAACAGCAGAACGACCACAUGGAACGACCCGCGGGAGGCCGAGUGGAGGCGGUAUCAGCAGGACGUUUUCGGCAAUGAGCAGCAACACAUGGGUGGCCGUUUCCCAAGAAGAGGGGGUCCGAGGCCACGGCUGAUUCACCCAGGCGCUGGCUUCGCGAGGCCCUUCGGCCUUGGCGGGCUAACUGGCUUUGCUCUGGGUAGGGGCCUUCGAGGGUUUGGCGGCGGCCGUCUUUUUCGACCGAUUGGACCGGGCAUGGGAGGCGGUUUCGGAUGGAUGGGCGGGGGAGGCUUUCGUGGCGGAGGAGGAGGCUUCCGUGGAGUGGGAGGGGGCGGCGGCGGCGGCGGCGGCGGGGGGGGGAUGCGGUCCUCCUUCGGAGGCACAGCGAACCGUUAGUUUGUCUCAUGACCGGGGGGGUGGUGGCGCCGCAUACCUUUUGCGUCAGGAGAGGAAAAGAUGGGUGCUGCCGCCGAUGCACCUUGCGGCCCGACCUUGGCCCCUCGGGGUGUCGCGAGGGUUCUACAUUUUGGGCUUCCCUCCCGCCGCGCUUUCGAUCGACGUGUGCAUAUGCGUGCUACAGUCGGAAUUGAGGCAAACCCUACGUAUAUCGUUGUGAAUGUGAGCUGUAGGGUUGUUGCAUUGGAAGGCCGGGAGUUUUAUUUUAUCCUCGCGAAUUUUCUCACGCUUUGCUCGGACAACCUUGCGUCGUCCUGUUCAACCACGCUCUGGUCUUGCUGUUUUUGAGACUUGGCCUGCUGUCUGCGAAAGGCGUAGGUGCAAACGGAGCACUCGCCGGCUCACGGUGGUAUCCAUCUUCUAGUUCGCCCAGCCCCCUUGAUUGGAUCGUGAUAACCGCGUACAUUUUGUGUAUAGAAGCGGCUUGGAAUUGAGUUUCGUUCUCGAGUGCGCUUGUUUUCGUUGGCCUUGUGCUUCGCCUGGUGUACAUGUGUUACUCGUCUACGUCCACUUUCUUUAGACCGGGUGCAGGGGUCCACGGAGGUAGUUUUGACUGGAGGACACGCAGAUCGGAUCCCUGUGCAGGGUAUUUUGAGGUCGAGAUCGGAUUGCUGCGUAGGGGAUAAUGUAGAAGUCGGUCUUUGGGCGAGAUGGUUUCAAGGAGUGGCAGCUAGCUGUUUGCCGGGUAGGGGAAUCAGGUAUGGUGUGUUUUCGCUCUGUGCGGGCUCGAUGGCGGCCUUGUCGGUGUAGCAGCAGCACACCCUGACCGAGAGUCUGAAGUGGCCGAUGGUAUUCCGUUGACAGCAGUACUUGCCGAUGUACACACCGGUCGCCCCGGUGGUCUAGUGGGUAACCUUGCAGCCUACUAAGGGUC